AUGGUAGCGGGCGGGGGAGGCACCGCCCCCUGGCGGCGGGAGGCCGCGCGGCGCCCGCUGCGCCUGCAGCGCCCCGGGAUGGGCACACGCAGCGCCCCGGGAUGGGCACACGCAGCGCCCCGGGAUGGGCACACGCAGCGCCCCCGGGAGCCUGCCCCAGCCCCCAGGGAUGGGCACCCGCAGCGCCCCGGGAUGGGCACACGCAGCGCCCCCGGGAGCCUGCCCCAGCCCCCAGGGAUGGGCACCCGCAGCGCCCCGGGAUGGGCACACGCAGCGCCCCCGGGAGCCUGCCCCAGCCCCCAGGGAUGGGCACCCGCAGCGCCCCGGGAUGGGCACACGCAGCGCCCCCGGGAGCCUGCCCCAGCCCCCAGGGAUGGGCACCCGCAGCGCCCCGGGUUGGGCACACGCAGCGCCCCCGGGAGCCUGCCCCAGCCCCCAGGGAUGGGCACCCGCAGCGCCCCGGGUUGGGCACACGCAGCGCCCCCGGGAGCCUGCCCCAGCCCCCAGGGAUGGGCACCCGCAGCGCCCCGGGAUGGGCACACGCAGCGCCCCCGGGAGCCUGCUCCAGCCCCCAGGGAUGGGCACCCGCAGCGCCCCGGGAUGGGCACCCGCAGCGUCCCCGGGAUGGACACCCGCAGCGCCCCCGGGAGCCUGCCCCAGCCGCCAGGGAUGGGCACCCGCAGCGCCCUGGGAUGGGCACCCGCAGCGCCCCCGGGAGCCUGCCCCAGCCGCCAGGGAUGGGCACCCGCAGCGCCCCGGGAUGGGCACCCGCAGCGCCCCCGGGAGCCUGCCCCAGCCCCCAGGGAUGGGCACCCGCAGCGCCCCGGGAUGGGCACACGCAGCGCCCCCGGGAGCCUGUCCCAGCCUCCCAGCAGCCAUGGUCCCCCCGCUUACCACCUCCCCUUUCCUCUGCACCCCGCAGUGGGCAUCGCCCUUGCGCUGGCCCUGCUGCUGGCCACCGCCUCCCAAGCCCCUGAGGGGGACAGCCCGAAGGAGCAGGGGGACGCAGACCCCUCUCGUUGCCCCAGCCCCUGCGCCUGCAGCCUGGACGAGUACAGCGAGGAGGAGCUCAACGUCUUCUGCAGCGCCCGCAACCUGACGAGGCUGCCCCCCGACCUGCCCCCCAACGCCAAAGCCCUGUGGCUGGACGGCAACAACUUCACCCUGCUGCCGGCUGCCGCCUUCAGGAACCUCUCGGGGCUGGACUUUCUGGACCUGCAGAGCUGCCAGCUGGCCAGCGUGGAGCAGCACGCCUUCCACGGGCUCCGCAGCCUCUACCACCUCCACCUGGAACGCAACCGCCUCAAGCACCUGGCCCCACACACCUUCCUACACACCCAGAACCUGGUCUCGCUCAGCCUCAACAACAACCACUUCAGCAAGGUGGAGGAAGGGCUCUUUGCUGGGCUCUCCAACCUCUGGUACCUGAACCUGGGCUGGAACUCCCUGGUGGUCCUGCCCGAUAAGGUCUUCCAUGACUUGCCCAACUUGAGGGAGCUGAUCCUGGCUGGGAACAAGCUUCCCUACCUUCAGCAUCAGCUCUUCUGCAGCCUCACCGAGCUGAAGGAGCUGGACCUGAGCGGCAACGCGCUCAAGGGCAUCAAGAUCAACAUCUUUGUCAAGCUGCAGAAGCUGCAGAAGCUCUACCUGAACCACAACCAGAUCAACGCCAUUGCCCCCCGUGCCUUCAUGGGCAUGAAGUCCCUGCGCUGGCUGGACCUCUCCCACAACAGGCUGGUCUCCCUCUUCGAGGACACCUUCCUGGGCCUCCUCAGCCUGCACGUCCUCCGCCUGUCCACCAACUCCAUCACCAGCCUGAGGCCCAGGACCUUCAAAGACCUCCAGUUCCUGGAGGAGCUGCAGCUGGGGCACAACAGGAUCCAGAGCCUGGCAGAAAGGACCUUCGAUGGUCUGGGCCAGCUGGAGGUGCUCAGCCUCAACAACAACCAGCUGCAGGACAUCAGGGUGGGGGCCUUCCUGGGGCUGUACAACGUGGCAGUGAUGCACCUGUCCGCCAACUGCAUCAAGGUCCUCCCUGACUACGUCUUCAAGGGAGUCACCAAGCUGCACAGCCUGCACCUGGAGCACAGCUGCCUCAGCAGGGUGCGGGCCAAGACCUUCUCUGGCCUCUCCAGCCUGCGGAGACUCUUCCUGCAGCACAACUCCAUCGCCACCAUCGAGGACCAAAGCUUUGACGACCUGCAUGAGCUGCUGGAGCUUGACCUCAAGCACAACAGGCUGAGCCACCUCUCCCCCCAGCUCUUCGUGGGGCUCAGCAACCUGGAGUAUCUCUUCCUCUCCUCCAACCAGCUCCUAGAGAUCUCCCAGGACACCUUCAGGCCACUCCAGAGACUCUUCUGGCUCGAUCUCUCCCACAACCAGCUGGAGACGCUGGAGCCUGAUGUCAUCUCCCCCCUGGCCAACCUGCGGUACCUCAGCCUGAGAAACAACUCGCUGGAGACCUUCUCGGUGGACUUCCUUUGUCCCUCCUUCACUCUAGAGCAGCUGUGGCUGGGGGGCAACAACUGGCACUGCAACUGCUCCCUGAAGGGCUUGAGGGACUUCUCCCUGCAGCACCCCGUGGUGGUCCCACGCUUCGUGCAGUCCGUGGCUGAGGGGGAUGAUGCCCAUGUCCCCAUCUACACCUACAACAACCUCACAUGCCUGCGCCCCCCAGCCAUGGCAGGCUUGGACCUCCGUGACACCACUGAGGACAGCUUUGCUCACUGCUGAGCAGCUCUUAUUCCCCCCGGGGACGCAUUUCUUCCCUGCUGUGGGCCCUCCACUGCCACCUCCCUGUCCCUGGUUCCCCCAGGGCAGCAGCAGCAGCAGGAGCUCUAUGGCCACCCCAGUUUAACUCAGUUUGCUGCCACCUCCAGAUGCCCAUCUUGGUGGUGCUGCAGCAGGGAGAGGUGUGCCUGGACAAUGCUGGUGGGCACCAGUUCCCCAUGCUGCAAACUGAAACGGUUUAGCCCUUGACAUUGGAAGAGCUGACCCCAGAGCUGCAUGGCUGCUCCCGGGCUCCCAGCAGGAGCAGCAGCAGCAACUCUUGAGCCUCCAGGACCACAGAAUGGUAGGGGUUGGAAGGGACCUCUGAAGAUCACCCCUCUGCCAAGGUAGAUUGACCUCAAGCAGAUCACACAGGAGCACAGGCAGGUGGCUUUGGAAGCUCUCCAGAGAUGCAGACUUUGCACUUCUCAGGGGACCCUGCUCCAGGGCUCUGCCAGCCACACAGUACAGAAGUUCCUCCUCACAUUCAGAUGGGACUUCCUGUGCUCAGGUUUGUGCUCAUUGCCUCUUGUGCUGUCGCUGGUGACCACUGAGAAGAGUCUGGCCCCAGUCUCCUGACACCCACCCCUUAGAUAUUUGUAAGCAUUCACAGGACCCCACUCAGCCUCCUCUCCUCCAGGCUGCCCAGCCCCAGCUCCCUCAGCCUCUCCUCAGGUGAGAGCUGUUCCAGUGCCCUCAGCACCUCAGUGGCCCUAUGCUGGACUCUCUCCAGUAGUUCUUUGUCCUUCUUGAGCUGAGCAGCCCAGAAAUAGGCACAGUUCUCCAGGUGAAGCCUGAGGAUGAGCAAAAGCUGCAGCCCCAGCCUGGGGGGACAUCCCUACUGGGGGCCCAGGACUGAUCAGCAGGACAAAGCCGGUCCUGCCAAUGCAUCUCCCUGCCACAUAGCAACCAAGAAGUCCUCAAAGCCCCUUGGGUAGGGAUAGAAAAGGGAGUAGCUGAGUUGCUGUGCUGGUUCCUUGCACUAGCAGGUGUCAGCAGGGCACAGAAAGUUGCUCCCACGUCACUGAUAAAUGGUAGCAGACAAAUAAACCUUUGGAGCUCUUGCAA